UGCUGAAAGCUUAACAUCUCCCGACUCUUUAUAAGAUAAAACAAGGGAACACAAGCCUAAGGUUUAAAUUUUGCCCAAAUCCUUAAGAUUUCGAAAAGGAAGGGAAAAGAGAGAAAGGGUACCAGUUGGUCUAUUACAAGAUUCUUUGUUUUUUGUUUACUAGAAGAUUGCAUGGUGAGGGAAAGGAUGAUGAUGAAUAGUACUUUGUGUGGGAGCAUGGAGAGUUUGAAGAGUGAGAGUUGCUCCAAACUGCUUUCGAAUUCUUCCAGCACUUCGUCGGUGUUGGAAGCUUCUAAGAAGGAUCCUCUGCUCUCGGACUCGGAGAAGAAAAGCUUAACUCCCUCAGUCUCAAGCCUUAACUUUGAUGCCCUCAAGUUUGAUGUGUUGGAUGGAGAAAUGGAAGUCCAGUCACCUGAUAAUUCUGCACUAUGGCAGUCAUUUUUCACCGAUCAGCUCGACGGAGGUGACUUCAUGAUCUCAUCCCCUGUGAGGAACUUGCCUUCUCCUCAAGGUACAAAUUUUGGUAAUUACCAUAGCAAUUAUGUGCAGUCCAUGCAUGGACAGUCUCUUUUAGGAUAUUCUUCUCCUCCGCGGGCGCUAUCUCCCCUAGGGCCUUUUAGCAGUAUACACAAUAAUAGUAGUAAGGUGAAGGGAAUGAGUCCAUUGCACAGAGUUUUGAAUUCUCCUAAUAAUCAAGAGUUUAUGCAAGUGGAGAGCUUUUCCCUACCAGCCCUGGAGAAUUUCUUGGAUGAUUAUGACAGAGAGGAAGAUUUCGGAACCUUGAAAGGCUUUGGUGCUGGUGGAGGCUCUUAUGAUGAGGCCCUCACAACAGUGCCAGCAUUGUUGGAGUGCUUGACUCAGCCAAAUAAUUCCACCAGGUUCUCUGGAUCCGAAUCAACCGUCCUUGGAGGUAAUUCUCAAGGAAGUGAUGGUCUUUAUCAAAAGAAAUCAAUGGUUGCCAAUCCGCCACUUUUACAGCAAUUAGAAGAAGAAAGGGAGCAAGAAAAGAAGCAGCUGCAGCAACAAGCACCCCCACAAAGAGCUCAAGACCUCCAACAAGCCCAAAUUAUUGAUCAUACUUUGAUGGUUCCUCCUCUGUCCUUUGCCCCGGAGCAGGAACAAGAAAGUGGUCUUCAACUGGUGCAUCUACUUCUAGCCUGUGCAGAAGCCACCGCAAAAGAAGACUACAUGCUGGCAGGACGAUACGUGCACCACCUCAACCGAGUUGUGACACCUCUCGGGGACUCCAUGCAACGCGUAGCGUCCUGUUUCACAGAAGCCUUGAGCGCGAGGCUAAACGCAACACUCACAGCCAAACCAACAUCCUCUAAUUCAAAGCCCUUCACCCCUUUCCCUCCAGAUUCCAUUGAAAUCCUCAAAAUCUACCAAAUCCUCUACCAAGCAUGCCCUUACAUAAAAUUCGCACACUUCACCGCCAACCAAGCCAUCUUCGAGGCCUUCGAAUCCGAACAACGCGUGCAUGUCAUCGACUUGGAUAUUCUCCAAGGCUACCAGUGGCCAGCUUUCAUGCAAGCCCUCGCAGCCCGUCCAGGCGGCCCUCCAUUCCUCCGAAUCACCGGGGUCGGCACCUCCCCCGAGGCUGUCAUGGAAACAGGCCGAUGCCUAAGCGAGUUAGCGCACUCGCUUCGCGUGCCAUUCGAGUUCCAUCCAGUCGGUGAACAACUCGAAGACUUAAAACCACAUAUGUUCAACCGACGCGUUGGCGAGGCCUUGGCGGUUAACUCCGUUAACCGCCUCCAACGCGUCCCAGGAAACAGCCUCGGGAACUUACUCACCAUGAUUCGAGAUCAAGCCCCGAACAUAGUAACCAUCGUGGAACAAGAAGCAAGCCAUAACGGCCCAUAUUUCUUAGGCCGAUUCCUCGAGGCACUUCAUUACUAUUCGGCUAUUUUCGACUCCCUCGACGCCACAUUCCCUCUCGAUUCGGCACACAGAGUGAAGGUCGAGCAGUGCAUAUUUGCACCGGAGAUACAAAACAUCGUUGCAUGUGAGGGAUCCGAGAGAGUGAUGAGGCACGAGAAGCUCGAAAAGUGGAGAAUGAUAAUGGAGAGUAAAGGGUUUAAAGGAGUUCCCCUGAGUGAGAACGCGGUGACUCAGUCUAAUAUAUUGCUGGGAUUGUAUUCUUGUGAUGGAUAUAGAUUGACGGAGGACCAUGGUUGCUUGCUGCUAGGGUGGCAGGAUAGAGCUAUUCUUGCUGCGUCUGCAUGGCGAUGCUGAUUUUUUUUUUUAAAACAUAAACUCAGUAUUUAUCGUUGAAUUAAUAAUAUUCAUGAUUUCAUGUCAACUUUUUACCCUUUUAGUUCCUAUUUAUUUUCCUUAAA